GUUCACGCUAGAAGGGAGGCUAGAAGGCUCCGGCACGGCAGCGGAAACAAUGCAUUGAUCACCGUAAUUCCGAGAGUAUUUAACGAGCGUCUUUAGCAGGUGAUUUUGCGUCGGGCCAAAUCAGAUAGGGGCGAGCUCAUCUUCUCGGGGCUCCGGUCGUGCGUGAAAUUGACGAAAAUUAACCAUAAUGACCAUCCAGCAGUCGUCGGGUCAGUUUGCAAUGGCAGGCGCACCGAUCAGUGCUGCUUCGGCUGUUCCGCCAACCACAGGAACUGCGACGUCCGCAUUCAGUUGCUGUCCGGCGAACGGCGAAAGCUCCUCCAUCGGGGAGGAUUCCAUCGAAAUGGGUGACAGUCAAGGGAACAAUAAUACGGUGUACCAAAAUGGGAUGUACGAAGGGGAGGAUUACCGCUUUCCCAAGCGGCCUUCGGUUGAUAUCGAUUUUCGGGACAUCCGGUACACGGUGAAGCGGUUCAAUGUGACAAAGGUGAAAUUUGAAAGCAAAGACAUUCUCCACGGCCUCAAUGGAUCGUUCAGUUCCGGGGAAAUCACCGCCAUCAUGGGACCAUCGGGAGCUGGAAAAAGUACGCUGCUUAACAUAUUGGCCGGUUACGUCUCAUCCGGCGUCAGCGGUCUGGUGCAGGUGAACGGCAAAAACCGAUCGCACAACUCGGAAAGCUUCCGAAAGCUUUCCUGCUACAUCCAACAGAACGACGCCCUGCGUCCGUGGCUCACGGUGAACGAGGCGAUGAGUUGUGCCACCCACCUGAAGCUGGGCUUCAGCAUCAGCUACGAGGAGAAGCAAAAGCUAAUUCAGAAGAUCCUCUUCAUGCUGGGACUGGAGCAGAAGGGCAACACACCGACGGCCGGUCUAUCGGGUGGACAGAAGAAACGGUUGGCGAUCGCGCUGGAAAUGAUCAGCAAUCCACCGAUUUUGUUUCUUGACGAACCGACCACCGGAUUGGACAGUUCGUCCUGUACGCAGUGUGUUUCCCUGCUGAAGCGGUUGGCCCAGGACGGACGGACGAUAGUUUGUACCAUUCACACACCGAGUGCGCUGCUGCUGGAGAUGUUCGAUAAGCUCUACACGGUGACGCAGGGACACUGCUUUUACCAGGGACCGGUACGGGAGAUGUUGCCAUUUUUAUCCGGCCUAGGUUACAACUGCCCCAGCUAUCAUAAUCCAGCGGAUUUCAUGAUGGAGAUCGCGAUUGGAGAGUACGGCGCUGACGUGGGAAAAGUGAUCAAAGCUGCGUUAAAAAAAUACUACGAAAUGAGCAGUGAAUGCAUAAAGCUGGAUCCCGUCUUCGACAAUAAUGUAAAAUCGGUUAGUUACGACCUUUCCACGGUCGCUGCCAGCGGUAAGACAGAGGAACUACUCCAGCGGAAGGAACAAACCACCGGUGAGGGCGGACCCGGAAAUCUCGGAGACUUGGCCGCCACGGAUAACGUGCUCUGUCCGGAGAUCAUUGAUAAUACCGAGCCGGCGUCGCUGGUGAUGCAGUUUUUGCUGCUGCUCUACCGGAAUCUUCUGACACUCAAGCGGAAUUAUUACCUGCUGUUCAUACGGAUUUUCGCUCACGCUUCGGUGGCAACACUGUUCGGUUACAUCUAUCAGGGCGUUGGACCGAACGCUAACCAGGUGUUGGCCAAUUACGUCUACCUUUACGGUUCGAUGCUGAUGAUGGUCUACACAGGAAAGAUGGCGGUUGUACUAUCAUUUCAAGUCGAAAUGGAAUCACUUACAAGGGAACAUUUCAACCGGUGGUAUAAGCUGGGACCCUACUUCCUCUCGAUUCUGGUCAUCGAAGUACCAGUGCAGAUCGUCUGCUCUAUGAUUUACGUCGUGAUCAGCUACCACCUCACGGGUAAUUACUAUACCUUCGAGCGGUUCCUGCUGUUCGCACUGUUCUGUGUAGCCGGUUCAAUAUCCGCCCAGGCCUGGGGAUUCCUAAUCGGAGCAACACUGUCGGUGAAGCUGGCUGUCUUUAUCGGUCCCAUUCUGGCGGUGCUGUUCUCGGUGUUCGGAUUCUGUACCCGCUACGUGGACAUCACACCAUUAUUCAAGUGGAUGUGGCACAUUAGCUACUACCGGGCUAGCUUUCACGGCAUCCUGAACUCCGUUUACGGUAUGAACCGGGAGGAUCUAUUCUGUCCGGAAACGCAAAUCUACUGUCACUUCAAAAAUCCGGUUCUGUUCCAGAAAGACAUGGACAUCGAACACGUGGACAUGGAGCAGAACUUCCUGCUGAUCGUGUCGAUCGUGAUUACAAUGUACAUCGGUACCACCUUUGUGCUGUGGUACAAACUGAACAAACGAUAGCAUGCCUGAGAGCAGCUUAGCUUUUAAGGUUUCUUAAUUCGUUUGUAAGCAUCGUCUGGAAUGACUAGAGAGUACUUUUGCCACUAAUCCACUUUCGUCGAGAUAAUUUGAGCCGGAUUAUUAUUUUCAACUAGUUUACAGUUCGUAUGAAAAAUAGUUAAGUUCCCGGCUAAACCAUAAGGGAUUACGGUUUCCUUACUUAUUAUUUCACACCCCACAUUUUUAAGCUAGAGUAUUGAUAAAAUGUAAAAUCUCAGACUUUAAAAUAAAAAAACUACGUAGUAAUAAUGAGAGCUUGCCCAUUAAGCAACAAGCUUGUGUAAUAAGUGUCAAAGCAUAUCAACUUACUACCGCACGCAGAUGAGAGAGAAUUCUGCGAAGCAAAAGUGCAACGUCUGUGAUUACGAAAUAGCCCAUUCUUGUAGAUUUUUAGAAUGUUAACAUAUAAGAGUCCCACCUGCGCGAGGAAUCUUAACCCGACUAAGUUAAGUUUUGUACCCAGUAGCGUGUAAGCGUGUUUCGAGCAAUUGUAUUUAUUCAACAUCACUGCUGAUUUUCAAU